AAUGGUCCUGAAUCUCCAAUUAGAGUAGAUCAGGUGGCCUCACUCACCCUCCUUCUGUCUCUUCCCCUCUCCCCAGGGUCCCUGACUUCCACUCCAGACCAUUCUUUUAGUUUAGAUCUAGGCAGUGAAGUUGAUGUACUGGAAGGAGACAGAAAGCCAGAAGCCACCACAUUUGUGGUGGUGGUCCCCAAGUUGGAGAAAGAGGAGGAAGCCCACUCAGAUGAUAGUGGAAUAUGCAUGAGCCCAGAGUCUUAUCUGGGGACCCCCCAACACAGUCCAACCACCUCUGUAGAAUCUCUCACUGACAGCCAGUUUGCCACAGACCCCAUUUGUGAAUCUGUGCGGCCCAAACCAUAUGAUCAUCCUGCCGAGAAGAUCAUGUCAGCAAAGGUAAAGGGAGAAAAAAGAGCUGAUAAGAAACUGAAGAAGAUGGAGCAGAAUAAGACAGCUGCCACACGUUAUCGGCAGAAGAAGAGGGCAGAACAGGAGGCACUGUCUGGGGAGUGCCGAGAGCUAGAGCAAAAGAAUGAGGCACUGAAGGAGAAGGCAGAUUCCCUGAGCAAAGAAAUCCAGUAUUUGAAAGAUUUGAUUGAAGAGGUCCGCAAGGCCAAGAGCAAAAGAGCUAAAGUCCCUGAAUAGGGUAGUCAGAGUAGAAGUUUUAUGUGCAUUCCAUCUAAACA